AUGUCACAGUCGCUCAGUCGCAGCGGCAGUCAGAGAGGCGUCGCCACUCGAAGUGCGUCGCGCAGUGCCUCCGGCAGCCGCAGCAGCUCUAACUCGAUGCGGCUGCCGGAACCGACCGCGGGAUCGGGCACCGCUGCCGAGCCUGCAGCCGCGCCUGCCGCUGCGGAGACCCCGGCCGUCGAUGCAGGACAGCCGCAGGCGCCGGAGAAGGAGGUGGCGUCCAUCUUCAUUGGCAUGGGUCCCGCUGGCCGCAAUGUGACCUUGGCGGAGCUGACGGAAUACCUCAAGUCGAAGGCGAUCGACCCAGCGAACGUGAAGGAUGUUCGCCUUCGCGGCCGCUGCGCGUUCGCGGACACGACGACAGUAGGGGAGGCGCGCCACCUGAUCGCGCAGCUGGACAACCACGACUACAAGGGCAAGUUCCGUCUGGCGGUGCAGAUGAGCAAGCAGACCAUGGCCGAGGCGAAGGAGAACAAGCGCAAGCGCCAGGAGGCGCGCGGCACCAAGCAGGGGGAGGAGGCCCACUACGUGAACGAAGGCCGUCAGGUGUUUGUGAACCUCGGCCCUGCCGGCAAGGACAUCCCGAACGAGACAAUUCGCAGCAAGAUCGAGGCCAUCUGCCCGGUUCUGCGUUUUGAGCGCCGUGGCUACUGCAUGUACGCCGAUGUGCCCACCGCCGAGGAUACGAAGCGGGUGGUGGCAGCGCUGAACAACAUGAUGGUUGGCGAGGUGCGCGUGCUGGUGCAGAUCAGCACCAUGGUCCGCAAACGUGAGCGCUCGCCGCAGCGCGUUCGCGAUGCUCCUCGCCGCGGAGGUGACCGUCACGAACGCGAUUUGCACCACCACCGCCGCCGUAGCGACAGCCGCGAGGGUCACCGCCGUCACCACCGCUCGCGUCGCAGCUACACGCCGUCGUCGCGCAGCACCUCUUCUUACUCAUCCCGCAGCCGCUCGCACAGCCGCGGUCGCCGCAGCUACUCUCCCGACUCUGAGGACUCUCGCGAGCGCCGCAGCCGGCGCGGAGGCUACCAUGGCAGCGACCGCCGUCGAGGUGGUCGUUCCGAGCGCAGCGGUGAUCGUCGCGAGCGCCGCGGCGACGAGCGCCGGACGCGUCGUUGA